AUGCGGCGUUUCAUUACGAGGUGUGGCCAAGAAGGAGAAGAAGAAGAAGCUUCGGACCACCAACCGAUAACCGUCGGAGGAAUGUGUGCUUCAUGGGGUCUUGUGGGGGAGGACGUGUAGACGACGUGAGAAAAUAUCGCCUUCUUCGCAAAGGUUCGCAGAAAACUGGACAAGCGACGCGGGGCGCGCGAGCGAGCGAGCGGAGGCCUUCGGAAUCCGGCGACGUCACCGCGCCCUCGCCCUUUUCAUCCGUUUUCGAUUAUCAACAGAUGGUUGGCAGCUCGAUUACUGGAUCAUGA